UGACCCGUGAACCCGGAAGUAGUGUGGGUGAGCGAAGUCCACGGUGUUCCUGUGUGAGAACGUAUCAGCCUGGCUGAUGUUUCGCUUUUAUCAAUAUCGGGGGAAGAUCGUAUGUUGUUCACAUCCAUGGUUAACCAUGGUGAAAAAUGAAAGGCAAGGAGCGAACCCGUACCCGAAAAUAAAAACUAUAAGUGUUUGCUAGCUACUGUUUCUCUUUGGCCAGUUAGUGCUACCUGCAAUAUCUUGUUUGGUAUGUACACAGCUGAUCGAGUUAUAAGCUUUUAGUGUACAGUUUAAAGUUGUUCUGGGAGGUUUCAUUGUAUGUGUUAGUUGUUCUUAUCUUGUUAGCUAAUUUGUUAUCUAAGCUUUACGUAACAACUUGUAUAUGAAAUUUCUGUUUCUGUAUGUCAGUAUGAGCUCUUGGUAUUAUGCUUUACCUGUAAUUACGUAAUAUUGAAAUAUCUUGACAAGCGGUAUUUGUCACUGAAAUGUAUUUCUGCUUUUUAGUGUGUCGAAACUAUCUGAUAGCGUGAAUUUAGUAUUUUAAUUGAAUUCUUGAAAAACAUUAAAACGCGAGUUAAAAUUAAUGCAAGUUAAUGAAAUGAAACGAGAAUGUUCUGCUCAUGUUUACUCAGAUGUUUCUGUCUUGUUGAAUGAGUUACAGUUUAUUCUUUGUCAGAACGGUGCAUCGGACCGAGACCAAGCCCGCAUUAAGAUGAUGAGGCAGCGUGUCUUCUUCAUUACUGUACUGAGCUAAAGAAAAGGGAGGAAGAAGGCAAUUCUGCUGUCAGAAAAGUGAAAACUAAACAUUUGCCAGAAAUGUCUGAACUUAUGUUCAACCUGGAGUUUUCCAAUGAUCGUGUGCCUGACAGUGAGAAAACAACGUCAGCUGGCAAACAAAAACAUUCAGAGUUUCUUAAGAGGCGUAGAUUCUUGGAGCGCAAAGGCCUCCUCGGCAGCAAACAGCAUCGGCACUGGCAAUCGAAGGAACACGCAAAGGAGCCCAAUCGAAGACCUGAUUGUGCGAGAAAAAGACAGGAUAUUCCAUUUGUCCGCAAUCCCCCUGCCACUACAUGCGCUGUCCCUAAGACCUCUGCUUCCCAAAGUACUCAGAAGCUGUCAUUGAGCAAAGAAUGUUCCGCCGUUCCACACAGUUUUAGCCAAAGCUCUUUGACCAUUCAGUCAAAAGAGAGAAAUGGCACUACUGCCAUACCCAAGACUAACGAAAGUCUGAGCAACUCUAGGCAGACCUCCGAACAAGUUUGCCUUUUUGGAAAUCCACACAAGUACGUGGCCUUAGACUGUGAGAUGGUCGGCACAGGGCCCAAAGGUCGGAACAGUGAGCUAGCCCGCUGUAGCAUCGUCUCGUAUAACGGCGACGUCGUCUACGACAAGUACGUCUCACCCUCCUCGCCCGUGACUGACUUUCGUACUCGCUGGAGUGGUAUAAAACCAAAGCACCUCCACAAAGCUGCGUCCUUUAAUCAAGCCAGGUUUGAGAUCCUGAAGAUCCUGAAGGAGAAGGUAGUUGUGGGCCAUUCCAUCCAAAAUGACUUCAAGGUCCUGCACUACACGCAUCCGCCUGGCCUCACGCGGGACAUCGCUACAAUUCCACUGCUCAGCAAGAAGGCUGGUUUCCCAGAGCAGCAAACGGUGUCGCUUAAGAAACUUUCUCGGAUCCUCCUUAAACAGGACAUCCAGGUGGGCAAAAUGGGGCACUCGUCUGUAGAGGAUGCCAAAGCUUCAAUGGAUGUUUAUAAGACUGUGGAGGUAGAGUGGGAACAACAUUUGGCGAUGAAUAUGAACGUUGGGAGCAGCCAGAGCUGAUGGCGUAGAAACGGCUGAGGAUGGAGCAUUGGAAGGGAAGUCAGAGGAGCUGGAGUAUGAAGGACUGUAUGCGUCUGUAAAAUGGGAGACGGCGAAAUAUUGUCAGCAUGUUUUCUUAUGGAAAUUUGGAAUUGCCUUUCCAGCUGGCCUCAGCCAGUUGGCCUUUUUACUCUGUGAUUGGUAUGUACCGUAGUAAAUGUCCUGUUUUAAUGCUGCCAGUGAAUACAUUGGGUCAUGUUUUUAAACCUA